AUGGGACGCUACCGCGCUCGCGAUUGCCCCAUCGUGCUGGCCGCGGGCUCCAUCGGCGACGAGUGCAGCAAGUGCACGUCCAAGCGCUCCAACUUUGCUCGCGAUGCGCGUCGGCUUGGCCUCGCAUCUGCCAAAGCUUCUGACGAAGACGAAGACGACACCAAUGCGUGGGUGCUCGCCAAGAUCAGCGCGCUCUUGCCAGCACUGCGCACGGGACCGCUGAACGACAUGCAGCAGGUCAAGAUGCUACAGUACGCCCGCAUUGUCGACGCGUGCCAGCUUCCGCUCAACGACGACGGCGUCGUGGACGGGAAAAAAGGUCGUCUUCUUCUGCCCGGCUGUCUCGAUCGACGGCGCCGGCAUUGA